AUGCCGCGUCUCCUCCAUGUCCAGAAGACGGACGGCAAGCCCGGCCAGGUCUACUAUCCCAUCAAGAUCAAAGAGGUCCCCAUGCCCAAAGUCGGGCCCAGCCAGGUCCUGGUGCGCAUGGAGGCUGCCGCCCUCAACCACCGAGACCUCUUCAUCCGCCGGCGUCUGUACCCCGCCAUCUCGUUCGACACCCCCCUCCUGGCCGACGGCUACGGCACCGUCGCCAAGGUCGGGUCCGCGGUCAAGCGCAAGGCGCUGCUCCACGCGCCCGUGCUGCUCAGCCCGACGCUCGCGUGGGCGUCCGACCCCACGGGCCCGGAGACGGGCGCCGUCGUCAUCCCCGGCGCCUCGGCCGCCACGGCAGCCGGCUGCGCCCAAGACUACGCCCUCGUCCACGAGGACGACGUCGUCCCGGCCCCGCCUCACCUUGGCCCCGCCGAGGCCGCCGCCCUGCCUCUCGCCGGCCUGACCGCCUGGAGGGCCCUCGUCACCAAGAGCGCCAACGCGCAGGCCGGUCGCAACAUCCUCAUCACCGGCGUCGGGGGCGGCGUGGCCCUCCAGGCCCUCCAGUUCGCCGUCGCGCUCGGCUGCAACGUCUACGUCACCUCGGGCGACCAGGCCAAGAUCGACCGGGCCAGGCAGAUGGGCGCCCGGGACGGCGUCGUGUACAAGCUCGACGGCUGGGAGCGCCGGCUGAAGGACCUCCUCCCGCCCCACAGGCCCUUCGUCGACGCCGUCAUUGACGGCGCGGGCGGCGACAUCGUCUCCAGGUCCUGCAAGCUGCUCAAGCCGGGGGGCGUGAUAUCGCAGUACGGCAUGACGGCCGGGCCCAGGAUGGAGUGGCCCAUGCAGGCUGUCCUCAUGAACAUUGAGCUGCGCGGCUCCACCCUGGGGUCCAUGAAGGAAUUUAGAGACAUGGUCGCCUUUGUCAAUUACCGCAAGAUCCGCCCUGUUGUCAGCAAGACGGUCAAGGGGCUGGGCAAUCUGGACGAGAUUGACGAGCUGUUUAGGGUCAUGGAUGCCGGCGCGCAAUUUGGCAAGCUGGUGAUUGAAAUCAAUGACCAUUCCAAAUCCAAGCUGUGA